CGUAAACAAACAAAUUUAGUAGUAAAAAAUAGUGUAUUGUGGUUUUUAACGAGUUUUAUUUCAUUAAAGAUUGCUCAGCAGGUUAAAAUAACACACGGCAGGGCAUGAAGUUGAACGAGCAACUCCAAAUCAAUGGCGCCAACGUCAUUCUCGUGCCGUAUGAGAGUAAACACGUCGCCAAAUAUCACGAGUGGAUGAAGAACGUCGAGCUGCAGGUCCUGACGGCUUCUGAACCACUCAGCCUGGAAGAGGAGUAUCAGAUGCAGAAAAGCUGGCGAGAGGAUGAGGACAAAUGCACCUUCCUUGUGCUGGAUCGGCAGGAAUUCGAACGAACGGGUGAUGAGAUAGCGGCCCUGAUCGGUGAUACAAACAUUUUUCUUCAAUUACCCCCGAGUGAUGGCACCAACGGUAACGCAUUGGUGGUGGGUGAAAUCGAAAUUAUGAUCGCGGAACCGACUGCCCGGGGGAAACGCUGUGGCUGGGAAGCGACACUGCUGAUGCUGCGGUUCGGAGUGGAGUACCUCCGGGUGGCAAAGUUCUUGGCAAUCACAAAGGACACCAAUCAGCCCGCGAUGCGAAUGUUCGAAAGGAUGCAGUUCAACGAGACGGUCCGGUCGGCCGUUUUCCACGAAGUUACCUUUGAACGAUCCGUCGAUCAAAAGUGGAUCGAUUGGAUGAACUCGGAAGUGGGCUCUUAUGCGGUUGUCCCGUAUCGAAAUGAAGCUUGAUAUUAAAUAACGUUUUUCCGGAAGAAAAUGUACCCGACAACGGUCGUUUUGUUUCCGUUAAU